AUGUCGGACAACAAGUCCUCUUUUCACCCGGCUCUUGCCGUCUCAAAUAUCAAAAACCACACUCCCAUUAUGCUUGAAAUGGAAAACGUUCAAUACUCUACGUGGGCAGAACUUUUCAAGAUUCACGCACGAUCUCACAAGAUUCUUAAUCAUAUCAUUCCUCUGAAAGCCAGUCAGAGGACGAUUCCUUCUACUGAUGCAGAAAAGGAGGUAUGGUCAACCUUGGAUGCCACGGUUCUUUCGUGGAUUUAUUCUACCAUUUCUAACGACCUAUUGCACACCAUUAUCGAGCCCGAUUCAACGACUAUGGAAGCUUGGGAUAGAUUGCGUGAUAUAUUCCAAGAUAAUCAACAUUCCCGUGUCGUUGCCCUUGAACAAGAUUUCACCACUGUCUCUAUGGAGCAUUUUCCUAAUGUCUCUGCUUAUUGUCAACGUCUCAAGUCCCUCGCGGAUCAAUUGAAGAACGUUGGCGCACCAGUGUCAGACAAUCGUCUAGUUUUACAAUUGGUAGGUGGUCUUACAAAAUCGUACCGUGGUGUGGGUACGGUAAUCCAGCAAAGCAAUCCUCUUCCUCCUUUCUAUAAAGCUCGGUCUAUGCUUGUUCUUGAAGAGGCCGGGAUGUCUAAGGAAACAGCCACCGAAUCAGCUAUGGUGGUCACUUCAAAUGAUGACGGUCCGAUUACUUCUGAAAAAUCGGGUCGUUUUAAGGGGAAGCAAAGUGUGCAGCACUCUGGUGGUCGCCGCAACAACGGUGGCCGGAAGAACAACAAUUCCGGUGGUGGCGGACGCUACUCCGGCAGCGGCAAAGGUGGUGGCAGGGGACAGAACUCCGAUGGCCAAGGUGGGAGCUCGUCAUUCCCGCAACAGCAGCAGCAUCAACCUUAUCCUUGGGGUUGGUAUGGUCAAGGUUGGCCCAUUCCACCUUGCCCAUUCCCAACUCAAGGUUGGGCCAGACCUCCUGUUCCUCAGCAGCGCCAGCCCAGUAUCUUGGGCCCAAGACCUCAGCAAGCCUAUGUUCAACAACACGCAUCACCUAAUUUUGGGCAGUCCAUGUCGUAUGCUCCUACGGAUAUCGAGACAGCAAUGCAUACUAUGUCUCUUCACCAACCCGAUCCGUCAUGGUACAUGAACACCGGGGCUACAUCUCACAUGACCUCCUCUACAGGUACUCUCGUCUUAUUUUAA